CUGGAGAAACUAUUCAGUUGUUCAGUUUGUGGUAAAACAUUCAGACAAGCGCACAAUCUGAAACUACACUCAACUGUCCACACUGGAGAGAAACUAUUCAGUUGUUCAGUUUGUGGUAAAACAUUCAGACUAGCACACACUCUGAAACGACACUCAACUCUCCACUCUGGAGAAAAACUAUUCAGUUGUUCAGUUUGUGGUAAAACAUAUAGACGCGCGCACAAUCUGAAACAACACUCAACUGUCCACACUGGAGAGAAACUAUUCAGUUGUUCAGUUUGUGGUAAAACAUUCAGACGAGCACACACUCUGAAACGACACUCAACUGUCCACUCUGGAGAAAAACUAUUCAGUUGUUCAGUUUGUGGUAAAACAUAUAGACGCGCGCACAAUCUGAAACAACACUCAACUGUCCACACUGGAGAGAAACUAUUCAGUUGUUCAGUUUGUGGUAAAACAUUCAGACAAGCACACACUCUGAAACGACACUCAACUGUCCACACUGGAGAGAAAUUAUUCAGUUGUUCAGUUUGUGGUAAAACAUUCAGACAAGCGCACAAUCUGAAAGAACACUCAACUGUCCACACUGGAGAGAAACUAUUCAGUUGUUCAGUUUGUGGUAAAACAUUCAGACAAGCGCACAUUCUGAAACUACACUCAACUGUCCACACUGGAGAGAAACUAUUCAGUUGUUCAGUUUGUGGUAAAACAUUCAGACUCGCGAACACUCUGAAACUACACUCAACUGUCCACACUAGAGAGAAACUAUUCAGUUGUUCAGUUUGUGGUAAAACAUUCAGACAAGCGCAGAGUCUGAAACUACACUCAACUGUCCACACUGGAGAGAAACUAUUGAGUUGUUCAGUUUGUGGUAAAACAUUCAGACAAGCGCAGAGUCUGAAACUACACUCAACUGUCCACACUGGAGAGAAACUAUUCAGUUGUUCAGUUUGUGGUAAAACAUAUAGACAAGCGCACAAUCUGAAACGACACUCAACUGUCCACACUGGAGAGAAACUAUUCAGCUGUUCAGUUUGUGGUAAAACAUUCAGACUAGCAAGCAAUCUGAAACUACACUCAACUGUCCACACUGGAGAUGAACUAUUCAGUUGUUCAGUUUGUGGUAAAACAUUCAGACAAGCACGCAAUAUGAAACGACACUCAACUGUCCACACUGGAGAGAAACUAUUCAGUUGUUCAGUUUGUGGUAAAACAUUCAGACUAGCGCACACUCUGAAAGUACACUCAACUGUUCACACUGGAAAAACAAAUUAGUGGUACAUUUUUCUUUAAAAAAUUCUCUCUUCUCUGUGAUUUAAGAAAAUCACUAUUGCAUUGAUAAGAUCAUCAGAAAUAAAUGAGACAUGGUUAAAUACUUAAAAACCGGAGGGUUGAAUAAAUAAGUUCAUUCAGCUACGUUGUUGUUUAUGUUGUUGUUCAUGUUGUUCAUGAUAAGGUUGAAGAAGUUUUCUCUGCAAGUCUUGACCCUAUAUGAGUGAACACUGAGUGUUUUAUGAGUUCACAGUCUGUGACAUCACAGUCGAGGGUUACGCAGGUGUGUGUGUGUGUCUGUCGAUAUAUAAAAAAUUAACUGAA